GCAUGCAGCAAGCUCCACAAAACCCUUACCCAGGUUCAUACUAUGGCCCUCCAAUCCCUCCACAGCAAGCAAACCACCGUAACAGACGUAGGACCAUAAUAAGGGCCUUCAUAGCCUUCUGGAUCGCCAUCGGCAUCACUGUACUAAUUCUCUGGCUUGUUUAUCGUCCAAAUAAGAUCAAAUUCUCCGUCGAAAAUGCCUACUUAACCAACUUCACUCUCACCACCUCCCCUUCCUACCUCGACUACGAUCUCUACACCACUGUGAGCAUUCGAAACCCGAAUAAAAAGAUUGGUGUCUACUACGACAGGCUUGAAGCCAGUGCGUUUUACUCAGGGUACCGGUUUGGAUGGAUUCCUCUCCCUACUUUCUAUCAAGGACAUAAGAACACCACCAUGCUGUUUCCUUCAUUUGAUGGGAGAUCCAUAGUUACUGAUUCAAGUGUUUCAGAUACUUUUAAGAAUGAGAAUGCAACUAGGUUCUUUAAUAUAGACUUGUGGUUCAAUGCUAAGAUUAGGCUCAAGUAUGGAUCUUGGAUAAAAAUAAAAUAUACAGUGAGGAUUAGGUGUGAUAUUAGGGUUCCAUUGGUGACCAAUGGAAACUCCAACAAUGCUGGCUUUCAAUGGACCCAGUGUGAUGUGGAUUAUUGAUUUUAUGUACUUCUUGAGUUCAUGUGAUUUUUAGAGUUGCAGUUGUUAUUUUUUGUUUCAUUUGUGAUCUGAUGGGUUUUGUUAUCAUGUUUGUUUUGUAAUAAAUUAUAUUUGUAUGUGUAAAAUUUUGU